AUGAGUUUUAAUGUAAAAAAUGUAAUUGCAAUUCACAGUUGCAAGGGAGGAGUAGGAAAGUCCACAGUUGCAGUAUCUUUAGCUCUAACACUGGCUUCAAAGGGAAUCUCGGUAGGAAUUUGUGAUUUGGACAUUUGUGGACCAAGUUUAGCCGAAUUAUUCUCUCUCAAUAGAGAUUCCGUUAAAUGGAAUCAAAUACAAUCAAAUUGUCACAGUUCUGCCGGAAAUAAUAAUAAUACGAGGGUUGAUUUAAAAUAUUCCAAUGAAACAUGUGAUUUAAAAAAAGAAAAUAAAAAUUCUAUGUUAUUGGAGCCUAAAGAGGUAGAGGGGAUUAAAAUCAUGUCAUCUGAGUUUUUACUACCCAAAAAUUACACCGGAUACUCUGCGUACAGAGGACCCAUUAUGGACCAGAUUUGCUAUGAAAUGGUAUAUAAAACUAACUGGGACGGAGUAGAAUAUUUAAUACUGGACCUUCCUCCUGGCACAAGCGAUGUUAUAAUCUCACUAGUGGAGAAUAUACACAUCUCCGGCUCAAUUCUCAUCACAACUCCUAACAUCCUAAGUACGAAUGAUUUGAUAAAGGGUAUUAAGUUAUUUAAGGAUAUGGAGAUACCAAUCCUCUCAAUAGUAGAAAAUAUGUCAUAUUAUAUUUGUGAGUGUUGUUGUACCAGGAGGAAUAUAUUUGGAAAUUCUAAAGUUGAGUCCAUUUGUAAAGAAUUUCAAGUUGAACACUUUGUUAAAUUGCCCUUAAUGAGCUGGGAUCAAGAUGAAACAACUUAUAAAUUAAGCUCUGGUUCCGUGGCAUCGCUGUUUAAUUUGGCUCUUAUUUCCAACUACCAUAACUCUAAAACAGUUCAGGAAUCUUUUAAUAAUCUUGUAGAAUAUUUAAGUUUAAAGUGUAAAUAUCAACCGCAGAUGAAGAAGAUUGAGGCUACAUGUUGUUAUAAAGCUGAAGAAUCUAUCGCUGAAAAUGGGAUUGACUGGUGAGAUAAUUCCCGUAUCUCCAUAAUUCUGUUAAUCUGCAAAUUGAUCAAAUUAAUCGAUUUGUAGUUAAUUUUAAUAUUUUAAGAAAUCACACUGUUGUGUUUAAAUGUAGAAUCUUUUCAAGGAUUAUGAAAUUUGGAAUUAACAGUAGUGGAGAAGUAAUAGGGAUGUAAGCACGGAAGUUGCAUAAAUAUGGUCUAAGAACUUAGAUAAAAUAGUUAAAGUAUAAAGAAGGAAGAAAAGUGCGCUGGAAAUUAGUUAAUUUUCAGAUCAACGACCCCAUAGAUCAGUUAUGCAGGACAACUGAUAAUAUAAUAAAAACAUUGUUCCAUUCUACUGUUAGUUAAUAUUUAAUUUUUGUUACUUUUGUUUUUGGUAAUUUUAUUGAAUAAAUUAUUAUAAAACUUAAUUCUAAGUUGGUGCAUAGAGAAAAUGGAAGUUAAAAAGCGUACACUUUACAUAUUAGGUGCUGUUGGAUUAUUAUUAUCCAUAACAUCAAUUUUAGUCGUCAGCUUAAGACCUAAGCUCGAGCUUGUAAAGCCUGAUAAAACGAACAAAUCAGAAACAAAUGAGUCAACAACUUAAAGCUCUUUCAACUUUAGUAAAAUAUUAAAUUUGGUUCUAAAUAGCAAAAUAAUAAUUGUAUCACGAGAAUCAGAUUUAUUUAUGGGAUAAUUAGCAGAAUAUCACUGUUAUAUGUUGAGCUCAAAUCCGUAACAAAAUUCACUAAAUUAUCUUUAACCAAAUUUAAUACUUUAUAAA